AUGCCAUGUGCCAGUGCUUUCACCCCCCUUAGAGGGAACCAGGCGUCGGAUCACUACAGGCGCGGUCUUGACCGCACGGCCGCCGAGGACAUCAAGUACUACUGCUAUGCUGAGCACCGGGAGACAGUUCCGUUCGACGAGUUAUCUCUAUAUUCUGGAUGGUUGGCCUCCAGCUCGACCAUUGUUGUACGAUAUCUUUCGGAGCACGUCAUGCGUCAGUUUAGAUAUGCGCAGACGAUACCUCGCAAUCCUAUUGUCUCAAAUCCUAUCGCCAUGACCCGCAAGCUGUUAGAUGAGAUAUUUACAGACUGGGAGCAUCACAUGGUCCCUGAGGAGGCACGGGCGAUGCUAGAAGAGCACGACUGGAGUUGUGCCGAGGGGUACAUAACCUGGUACUACAAAGUCUCACACCCAUACAUGCAUCCAGCUGCAGAGGGAGAUCCGCCCAGACCCGCCCACGAGGAUAUUCUCCGUGCGCAUCAGGCUUAG